GGCGCGGGGGCGGGGAGGGUGGGGAGUUUGUGUUAGAUUUCAAAAUUCCAAUCAAGUCUCUUUUUUUCGUUUUCCUUCUUAUCCAAUCCGUGGGUUCUGUAAUUGGACCGAGCUUUUGUGGGACUUCGGAGCUAGGAUUAUACUUUCUUUUUGGCCAUUGACGAAGAAACUGCCAGGCUUUUGGUUCCGAUUGGGUGUUUGUGAAUUUCCAAGCUUUGGUUGAAUUGAGGGAAGACAUGUUGGAGGGCCGGUGCCUGCUUUCGAGGGCGUUUUCGAGCUCAAAAGUGAAGUGGUCUUACGUGAGCUUAAGCCUCGAUAUCAAGAACGGGAAGCGCCCACUGGAAAUUGACGGUGAAGAUGAACGCGAAUGUAAACAGAGGAAAUUUCGCGAGCCAUUGGAUUAUCGCGGGACAAGAGCCGGAAUGGCUGGAUUCUCACGCGGGCUAGAGCAAUCCGAUGACCGGACUGCAGGAGGAGGAGGGAAUUCUUCGGAUUCGGAUUCGGAUUCCCUUAUCAAUCCUAUUGGUCGAGACAACUCGAUCAGCAGCCUCAUUCGUUGUUCCAGGUCUGAUUAUGGCUCCAUCGCCUCUUUGAACCGGAGUUUCCGUUCCUUGAUUCGGAGUGGCGAGCUGUAUAAGCUUCGGCGCCUGGAUGGCGUGAUCGAACCUUGGAUUUAUUUGUCGUGCCACCUCCUUGAAUGGGAAGCAUUUGAUCCGAUUUGUGGACGGUGGAUGCAUUUACCGAGAAUGACCUCCAAUGACUGCUUCAUGUGUUCGGAUAAGGAAUCAUUGGCCGUGGGCACUGAGCUUCUUGUAUUUGGUCAGGGGGUGACGUCCCAUGUCAUCUAUAGAUAUAGUAUUUUGACAAAUUCCUGGUCUUCCGGGAUGAGAAUGAAUGCUCCCAGAUGCUUAUUUGGGUCUGCCAGCCUUGGGGAGAUCGCAAUUUUAGCAGGCGGUUGUGAUUCACAAGCAAAUAUUUUGGAUUCUGCGGAGCUAUAUAAUUCCGAGACUCAAACAUGGGAGACACUCCCGAGCAUGAAUAAACCAAGGAAGAUGUGCUCUGGGGUAUUCAUGGAUAAAAAGUUCUAUGUUAUUGGGGGAAUAGGGGGAAACGAUUCAAAGGUUCUAACAUGUGGAGAGGAGUAUAAUUUAGAGACCAAGACUUGGAGAGAGAUUCCUAACAUGUCCCCCGGAAGGAGUGGUGCAGCCAGGGAGAAUGAGAUGCCUGCUACUGCUGAGGCACCCCCUCUAGUUGCAGUGGUGAAUAAUGAAUUGUAUGCGGCUCAUUAUGCUGACAUGGCGGUGAGGAAGUACGACAAAGAAAGACAAGAGUGGUUUACAGUGGGGAGAUUGCCUGAACGGGCAGUCUCAAUGAAUGGUUGGGGUCUUGCAUUCAGGGCUUGUGGGGAUAGGCUUGUAGUAAUUGGUGGACCUCGGAAUUCGGGUGAAGGCUAUAUAGAGCUCAACUCCUGGGUUCCGAGUGAAGGCCCUCCGCAGUGGAACUUGCUUGCCAGAAAGCUAUUGGGUAAUUUUGUGUAUAACUGUGCUGUGAUGGGAUGCUGAAGAGUUGGAACUUUGCAGCGCCAUGUUUAAUGUGAUGCUUGCUCACAAUGAACGUACAACGUUGGUUCGUCCUUCCAGAGUCUUGCUAAUUGGUAAUUUCCUCCCCUUAUUUCUUGUUCAGGUCUUUUCCCUUCUUGGAUGAGGGAGGAUGGGGAAAAAUCUCAGAUUUUACUCAAGAUUCAACAGAAUGUUUCAGGUCUUGAGCUUUCCAAUUUUAUUUUCCUUUCAAACGUUUUGUUUAUGUUUUCUUCCAUUGAAUUGAUAUCUUCUCCCAGUAUUAGUGACAUGAGAAAUCUCAAAGGUUGGCAUCAUGUAGCAAAGGAAUAGAUUCAAUAAUUUGAUAAUACCAACACAUUGGUAGGUUGUCAUUAGUGUUUGCUGAAGCUUUUUUAAAGAACACAGAAUUAUAUAUGGAUUUCAUGAUCCUCAAUUUUCUUCGUAUUGUCCAAGGGAGGAAAUAAGUUCUGAAGGAUGUUAUUUUGGGCCUGGCAUAUGUACUAAUCAAAUUACCAUUGCAAUCAAUGGGUUGUAAUAUAUUCAGAUUUCUCUUUGGAA